AUGUUGAAGCCGUACCGACGCACAACACUUCUCCCCAAAAGGAAACAACAACAGUACUGUAUCGGCACAAUACAGACACUUCUGCGGAAACAUUUUGAUCUCGGUCCAUGCUGCAGCGACCGCCAAUUCGCGCGGCAGGAACACAUUCCGAUAGGAACCCUUCGCGGGUGGCUCAAACGUAAGGACGAGUACCUGGAGGCAGUGAAACGGGGCAGCAACACGACACUAGACGCACAUGGCCAACUGGAAACGUUCAGCUUUGGCGCCGACCUCGUCCAAUUCAUGGACAGCGUCCGUGAUAUCGAAAAGUUCCUGACCACUGCCCACGUCGUGACAUGGCUUAAGACCCACCAGAAGCCGUGGCUGGAUGCGUUCCUGGAAGGCAAGCCAGACCAGGAUCGAGCGUACAAGGGUCUGCUUGGGUGGUGUCAAGCUUUCGCCCACCGACACGGCUUCUCCCAGCGGGUACCGUGCGCGUCGAAGAAGACGCAAGCUGAGCUCCAAGCAACGCGUGCCGAGUACGCCAAGGUGUUCUGGCCAAAGCACGCCGCAUACGACCCGGCCAACAUCAUCAACAUCGACGAGACAGGAGUUCAUUACGACAUGCCACCUCGACGCACGUGGGCUCGAAUCGGCAAGUCGUCCAAGGUGGACAAACAGCAGAAGCACUCGAACCGUGUGACAGCAGUGCUGGCUGUCCGAGCAGACGAACGGAAGUUGCCGCCUAUGGUCAUUGUCCACGGGCAGCCUGACGGCGGUCCGGUCGAUCAGAAAGAACUGCCGACGUAUCCCCGAGGGGCUGUCUAUGCGGUGCAAGAAAACGCGUGGAUGGACGAGCGGGUGUGGGAGAUCUACCUCCGUGAGUUGCUGCAAUUCGAGAUCGAAGCGCCAUCGGUGGUUGUUGUGGACAACUUGGCAGCCCACGUGACUCCUGGGGCCAUUCAGAUUGUCCAGGAGGAGCUGUUCAGUGUGGUGGAAGAGCUUCCUGCCAACUCGACGUGUACGUGCCAGCCACUUGAUGUGGGUGUCAUGGGUCAGUUCAAGGUGAAGUGUCGUACUGAGUGGAUUCACGAGACCAAGGUGACAUCAGCUGCUGAAAAGACGUUGGUCAUGGUGCAACGAAUCCUAAAAGUAUGGGAAGCUAUUCCAUCGGCGAUGAUUACACGUUCGUUUGAUAAGGCUAUCCCUCGUGAAGAGCUGUAA